AUGACAGGCGUUAGGACGGGCUUCCGGGUGCUCUUUAGGACCUCCACCACAACUUUGGUGGAGAUCUAUCUCGAGAGCGCCGAGGUCAUUUGGAACUUCUCAACUGUGCGCCUUACCUUCAACGAGCCUGCCAGGCUGAGCCAUGUUGGCAUCCCGGCGGACAUCGGCAUAGGAUAUAACUUUACGGAGACCGCGCCCUGUGUGGACGUGUUCACGGGUGAGAUGAUGGCGGCGCUCGGCAAUCCUGAGACCUGCCUUUGGUCGGAGGACCAUUUGCAGAUGGACGUGCCUCUGGGUUACACUGCCACGCUGCUGCUGGGGGAGAACAUCACUGUUGAGCCGGGGAGGUUGGUGCCAGCAGGCAACACUGCAUGGAACCCUAUCCCGCAGAUGGGCAGCCCACUUUGGACGCAGCAGAGCCUCGAGAUGGUGUCCACAGGCUUGGACUCCAGCGCGGUGCUGGCGCGGGCCUGCAGCUGGCUCUACUUCACUUGCACCAACCUGACGGGUCAUGCGGGGCGGCCCUUCCGGGUGCGCUGGAGCUUUGGCGCCCAGACGCCGGAGCCCAUGCGCCAGUCUUUGCAGGAGGUGCUCGACAAUGCAACCAGCCAGGACCUCCAGGUGGUGACGGUGAGCCCGGCACAGUACAAGGCGGCUGUGGAGGCUGUGGCGCAGCAGUUGGGCGAGGUGGACAUUAUCCGCCUGGAGGUUGUCGCGAGUGUCUACAACUGGCUCGGAGAGGAGACCAUGGACACUGCUUCAGCCUGGGUGCAACUGGACCAGGCGCCGCAAGUGGUGCCGGCAGGGCCCACCGCCCUGACCAUUUUCAACCGGGAGGAGGCCGAGUUCGUUCUCGAGACGGUGCUCAGAGAGGAUGCGGUCUGCUCUGACGCGGACCGCUACAAUCGCCGCAUCUCGGUGGAUUGGGAAUAUUCUAACGCGACCCACAACUGGACGAGCCUCAGCACGGCCAGCCACUUGCAGGACACUGCCUGGACCACCCCGUCUGUGCUGAACUUCGCCCCCUUCAGCUUCCCAGCGGACUCCAUGCAUUUCUUCAGGGCCACCGUGUAUUUCCUAGGCCUGUCCCCAUCCGUGGUGGAGAACACCCAGGUGAUGCUUUUCAGCGUGGCGGUGCGCCCGCGCGAGCGGGUCAUCGCCCGCGUGGCCGGGCCCACGGAGACCUCCGCGAGCUGCGGCUUCCUGUUGUCCGCCCAGGCAUCUGAAGAUCCGGCGCGGCCUCCCACGGAAGCGCCGAACUUCCUGUACAAAUGGACCUGCGAGACAGCCCUUGCCGAUGCAGCUGUCUGCCGCUUCUUGGACGGCUGGAGCCCGGAGCUGAACGUGGAAGGCGGCCUGUUCCAGGAGGGCACCUAUACCUUCAAUGUUCUGGUCUGGCGAGCAGAUGAGACGGAGGCUGACGGCAGCAAUGCAUCUAUCACCGUGACGCUCAGCAGCUCGGCGCCGCCCCCGGUGGUGAUCACCACCCCGUGGCUCAACGGCAGCGGGGUGUCCAUGCAGCGCGGCUUCAGCGGCUCGGUGGAGGCUGAGAUCCGGGGCAGUGCCAGCUGUCCAGUGCCGGAGGUUCAGAACUUCAGGUGGGCCCUGGUAGACUCCCAGGAGAGGGUGCUGACCAUGUACGACCCGCAGGGCUUCUGGAACGGCACUUACUCCCUCCUGGGCUUGUCCCAGUUCCCAGGGGAGCUGCUGACGAAGGGCCAGCUCUACGAGUACGUGCUGGUCAUGGCCUCUGACAGCACCUUCGUGGCCAUGCAGGGCGGCCUCAUCGCGUCCCUGGCCAGCGCCACCGCAUCAGGCGCCUUCGUGGUGCACUCCGCCCCCUUCCUGGCGGAUGGCGACCCCAGCUGCACUGCGGCCGCUGAGCCCAUCCAGGGCUUUGCCGUGCAGACGAAGUUCAAGCUGAGCGCAACGAAUGUAGUGGAUGAGCGAGUGGCGGAGUUGCAAUAUGUCUUCUACCAAUUUCCACUCGCCCAGCUGGCGGCUUUGGCCGCAGACCUGGGCACAGCGGUGACGGCCCUGGAGUGGAGCAACUACAGCAGCGACAGCUACUGGGUGUCUCAGGGCGGCGUGAUGCUGCAAGACUGGUCCAAGGCCUCGGUGGUGGACUCGGUGCUGCCGGUGGGGGACUUCGUCACGGUGCUGCGCAUCCGCGAUUACCUGGGCGCCGUGGCCCUGGCCUACCUGGCGGGCCCCAACAUCUCGGCGCCCACCGGGGGCGUGGACGUCGCCACGGCCGCCGCCGCGCUGAACUCCGCCGUGGCGCUGAACUCGGCCAACGGCAUCCUGAACACCGUGGAUGCCGUGAGCUCCGUGGAUGUCAACGGCACCGAGGAGGAGAUCAACGCGGUGGUCGGGGCCUCCAUGUCGGCCCUGGAGACGGCGUCGCAGCUGGUGGCACCAGACGCCAGUACCCUGCAGAAGGUGGGGAAUGUGCUGGCCCGGACGCUCUCCAGAGGCACCAGCAGCACCAGAGACAAGGCGAUGCUGUCGCGGGCCUCGGAGGUGGUGGACACGGUGCUGACCACGGCGCUCCAAGGCUCCGCCCAGGCCAUCAGCACCGACGCGGGCAACGCCAUCAUGUCCGGCCUGGUGGCCAUCACUUCGGCCAACGGGGAGGGCACGGCCUCUGCGUCGGAGUCUGCGGCUGUGGCAGCCAAAGCCAUGGGCCUGGUGGCCAAGCUGGGCGAGGCGGUGCUCAGCGCCAGCGCGGAGAACGAGACCGUGGUGUUGAGCUCCGUGGACGCGGACGGCAAAGGCUCUGAGAGCCGCCUGGGGAAGGGCAACGCCAAUGCGGCGGCGCAAGGCUUCGGAGUCCCCGGCGCCUCCGUGCGCGCGGGCGUCAUCCCGACCGCCGCGGCAAGCGGCGCUGCUGGGCGGCGCCUGCAAGGAUGCAGCACUGCCGGCGUGCAGUUCACUCAGUUCUUUAAGUCGAACCCCUACUCCUGGGCCAAUGCGAGUUUUGGCCUCAAUGGCGAAAUCGCGAGCAAUGCCACUGUCUCGUCUUUGCUGGUGACGCAGUGCGGGGUCGCCGUGGACAUCUCCUCCGGGGUGGAGGUCGCCGUGGCCUUGCCCGGCCAGGCGGCGCCCUUCGACGUGCCCACCUGCGUGAUUUUCGAUGAAGGUUCCCUGGAGUGGGUGGCCAAGAACGUCUCCCUCGUGAGCGUGGACACCAACACCAUGGUGGCGACCUGUGAGACGACAAGCAACGGGGCGUAUGCCAUCUACUACAGGCAGCAGCUGCCGGAGCAACCGGAGGGCUCCCCGUACUUGGCCCUGGCCCUGGCGGUGCCGCUGGUGCUCCUGGGCUCCGGCCUCGCCGGAGGCGCUAUCUAUUACAUGCGCAAGCAAGCCAUUGAGAACAGGAUUUUGAAGAGCAAGAAGAAGGUCCACCCCAUCGAGGACUCCAAGGAGCUGCAUGAGGUGAUCACCGAAGAUCCGCCAGGCGGCCCCGACGCCGACAACAGCGGCCGCCAUGCCGACGACCCCAACGCCGUGCCAGGCGCGCCCAUGGUGGCCUUCGAGGCGCCCAGCGCGAUCACGGCACUGCGGCGACAGAGCUACGGGGAGGUGCAGCACCCGCCCCUGCCGCGGCAGCCGACUACUGGCCUCGACCGAGCGCGGGAGGACCGCCCACGGCUGGAUUUGGAGACAGGCUGGACCUUGCCAUCAGCCCUGGAGCCCGAGUCCCCGGAGUCGCCGGAGCACCCGUCGAUGCCGGAGCCAUCGGAGCCGCAGCAGUCGGGUUUGGGGUCGAUGACGGAGCCGGCGCCGUCGCAGACGCUGCUCCCACCGAUCCCGUUGCCGAGCCACGAGGCUCACGACCGGGUCCACAUCCAGCCGGCCAGGAUCAUCCGCAGCAGGAGCAACUCCCGCGUCUCCUCCGCGGAGCGGUCCCAGCAGCCGGAGCUGCCGGGAGCAAUGCCAGGAGGAGAGAGCCCGGAGAGCCCACCGGUGCACACCCAAGCGAGGCGGUCCAGGUCCCGGGAACCUGCCACCACAGUGCGCCUGGUGCGGCGCAGCAAUGCCUCAUCAUCGGCCGCAGGCGCGGCGUCGACGGCGCCGGCGGCGCCGUCCGACGCGGGGUCUGCGCCGUCCACGGCCUCAGCGACAGUGCGGGUGCAAGGCCGCGUGGAGAAGCCCAAGAUCUACGCCACGGCGCGGGUGGUGGCCUCCCGCAGCACGAGCCCCGCCAAGGGGGCGCGGCGGGCCUCCAGCGAGGCGCCGCCUCAGCACCAGGCCUUCAGCCUCAGCCCAGAGCGGCGCGCCAGCCAGGAGAGCACAGCCGUCGGCUCCGAGGCGGCGUCCUCCAACGCGGGGUCUUCGGUGGUGCGGGCGGUGGCACGGCGGGUGCGGCCCUCCAGCACGGACGGGAGGGCGCACCACUGCGUUGCGAAGCUGAAGAAGACGGACGCCACGCUGUCGCCCAUCGUCUCGCCCCAAGCGAGCCUGGUGUCGCUGCCAGUCCUGCUGAAGGCAUCCGGCAGCGUGUCCCUUACGAGCACCUUAGACUAA